AUGCGGCUUAUUCUCACCCUUCCCUUUCUCGCAGCCCCAGCCCUCGCCUCCUUCCGCGACUUUGGGAUCCCCGCGUCAUCCGCAACCGUCGACGUGAAAGCGUUCAACGUCGCAAGCUUUACACUCAACAACCUCACCCAUGUGUUUGUGAAGCCCGUCCUGCCCGGCCAGGAGACUAUCACACUCCCCAUAUUUGCGUUCCUCCUUGAACACAAGCCCACAAAGCGGCGCUUCAUGUUCGAUCUGGGCAUCAGGAACGACCCGGAAAACCUGCCGCCGACGUUUGCGGGGCUGUUCAAGUCCAAGACGAUUACGCUUGGCAAGUUCAAGGACAUCACGCAGCUGCUGGUGGACGGCGGCAUCGCGUUGAAGAGCAUCAAAGCGAUCUUUUGGAGUCAUGGACACUUUGACCACAUUGGCGACAUGAAGAAGUGGCCGAAGAAACGCAAAAUCGUGGUCUCAUCACAGACGGACACCUCCAUCUUCCCCGACAACAAGAAUUCCGACUUUCAAGCUAGUGACUUUGCUGGCCACAAGCUGAUUAAAGCUGAUUUCUCGCGUUCGAAUCUGACUAUUAGCGGAAUGAGGGCUCUAGAUCAGUUUGGCGAUGGGUCUUUCUACCUCCUCGAUGCACCUGGACACUUUGGCGGCCACGUAAUUGGCCUUGCACGGACAACACCCACCUCGUUCAUUAUCUUGGGAGCGGACACACUUCACCACGCUGGCGCGCUUCGUCCCGGCGGUGCCUUCCAGGCCAACAUCCCCUGCCCCGGAGAGCUCGUCGAAUCCGCGCGCAGUGCCAUCUCGACCGACUUUUUCUGGUCUCCCCGGACCGGGCCGGGCCGGUUCGACAUUGCCUCACGGACCGAGCCCCUCCUCGCGCUCUCCGACACGCCCGACUCAUUCUUCGUGGACCCUACCGCCGCGCAGCUCUCCGUGUCCAAGCUGGCGGCACUCGAUGCAGACAAGGACUUUUUGACGCUUGUUACCCACGAUGGGAGCAUCACGAGCGCGCUGCCGACGUUCCCUGCAUCGCUGGCGGAUUGGCAGAAGCAAGGAUUGAAGGAGAAGCUUGCGUGGCUGUUUCUGGACGGGAAGAACCCGUCGUUUUUGUUCCAACCGAAAGGACGCGCGAAGCGGGAGGCGCAUACACAUCAUCCUAAUGAGGACGUGUCCAAGGAGGAUGAUUAG